AUGAGCGCCGCCGCCGCAGGGGCUUCCCUCCCCUUCGGCGCCCUCGUCGCCAUCGUCCUCCUCGGCACCUUCACCGUCUCCGCCACUCUCGCCUUCUUCGGCAUCUGGCUAUCGCGUCGUCGAAGGUUUGCAGUAGUAGCCGCGGGCCAGGGUCAGACAAACAAGGAAAGAAGCGGAGGAUGUCAUGUGUACGAUUUGACUGGUGAGACGACUAUUGCAUCGACGGCGUUGACAGUUCAUGUUGGGAAUGGUCACGAUGCCAAAGUUGCAAAAACUUCCAUCUGCGGCGUGGACGACGGCGUCGGCUUUGAAGUAUAA